GUGUGGUGUGUGGUGUGUGUGUGUAUGAUUUCAUUUAUUUGUCCUCAAGGAAUUUUACUGAAGAUCAGAUUUAUUUCCACUUAAUAUCAAUUCUUAAAAAAUGUAAUUUCUCAAAUGUGUUCAGAUACAUGCAAGACACUUUUUUUGAUGGAAACAGGCAGGUUGCCUCAUUAGUGGAGGAGCCAAGCACGGUAGUAACCUGCUCUUUCUCGCUUUCUCAUUUAGGGAAGACCGUUGUCCUACAAGACCUUCUUAAUAUGGGUUUUGAUUAGCAUCUAUCAAGGGAGCACCAUCAUGUACGGGGCCCUGCUGCUGUUUGAGUCCGAGUUCGUGCACAUCGUGGCGAUUUCCUUCACGUCGCUGAUCCUCACUGAGCUGCUGAUGGUGGCCCUGACGAUCCAGACGUGGCAUUGGCUCAUGACAGUGGCUGAGCUGCUCAGUCUGGCCUGCUACAUCGCCUCCCUGGUGUUCCUACACGAAUUCAUCGAUGUGUAUUUCAUCGCCACUUUGUCGUUCUUGUGGAAGGUCUCCGUUAUCACUCUGGUCAGCUGUCUGCCCCUGUACGUCCUCAAGUACCUGCGGAGACGGUUCUCCCCGCCCAGCUACUCGAAGCUCACAUCGUAGGCGUGUGCUGGCCCGGGGCACAGUAGCCUCUGCGCUCUCCUGGUGGGCAGAGUUCAAGUUGCGUUGUUCUUAACCGCCACCUGUGGAUCUUGCAGUAAUCACUAACAUGUGCAGUUUUGACAUGAAAAGGCUCUGCGCGGAGUCCUGACGCUGAAUGAUCGGGGAGGUUCCUAGAAGGGGCCCACGCGGGCCUGCUCGGGCCCCUGGCGGUUCGGCCCGGGGUGAAUGUACAUAUGUUAAAGCUGGUGGCUCAGCUAACAGAUUUAUACAUGGGUCACUGUGCGAGCUUCCUAUGACUUGAAUUUUGUUGUCAUGUGAUAAAAGUUUCUAAUUGACGAUUGUAGAGGGGUUUUUGUUUUAAACCAUCCUAAUGUGUGUGUACUCUUUACAUCUUUCUCGCUCUUAAAAACCGGUUGUUUCAGAGAAAUGUAAAAGCUCUUGGUAUAGGUUUGCGGGAAAAGACUGUGACUUUGGUAGAAAGUUAUGCAGACGGUAAUCUCAAGGUGGAAAUGCGGAACAUCCUGUCCGAGGUGGCGCUGUUCAUCCUGCCCUCCGCACCGGCUCCCUGGAGUGACACAAAGCAAAUGGGAGGAGAGAGUGAGAGAACGGGCCUAAGUGCAGUCUGGUCUCCUCCCUCGGACUCAGCGUCUCCAGCGCUUCACUUAGCUCCACCUGCCACCUCGCAAAAGAAUUUCAAAAGUGUUAUCCUGCUUUGUUUGGACCUGGUAACAAUUAUCAAGCCUUUGGCCGUCCGAGGACACCCUCAGACGUUUUCAGCAGAGUUGUUGUAGCAGGAAACGUGCCACCGAACAGCUCCCAAACGUGUCGACAGAGUGAGACUCAACUGAUUCUUUAGACGACGCUGCACAUGUGGCCGGGCCCCUCCGAGUCCUGAGGGCAAGGUCAGGGAUGGGGGCUCGAGGCUUCCACACAAGUCUGUUUUCCAUCAGGAGGCUGAAUGACAAAGGCAGAGGCGUCUCACGUGUUGCCGCGCAUCGUUUGUCGGUGGUCGGUGGCCGCCCCGGUGGGAGGAGGCCCGGGCUCCGUCGCGCUGCCCACAGCUUUCAAGGGGAACUUGCUGGAAGGCAGGCGGUGGUAGAGAUCCCUCCCCCACAGGGACAGAGUACACGCAUGUGUGUUUCUCAUAAAGCUGUGGCUUCUUGCUUCAGAGGAGGAAGGGGGUGUGCAAGGCCUGCACGGGGCAGGGCAAAGCAUUCAUUCUUGGGUUUUCAAGUCGCUCGGCGCCACAGCCGCAUAUGCAUGGCACCAGGGUUCGGCUGGUCGAUCUUCCAGAGCUGACCGUGCUCAAGAUCUUGGACUUGGAUUAAUUCCUUCAGCCCUCCUGCUUGUGUGGGCUUCAGGGCUCCGAGCUCCGGCCUGGUGGCGGCGCCCACUACCCUCCGGGCAUCCGGUUCUGGGGGAGUUGGGGGUGGGAGGAACAGGCGGUGGUCCCCUUCCCUGGGGAGCCCUCUCCAUACGCUCGUGUGUUUAUGUUGCCCGUUUAAAACUUCAUAAAAUGGCCGUAGGUUUCAGGCACUGGGAAGCUGGCUGUAGACAUGGCUUCUGUGUUAAGAUUGUGCAUUUCUGCAGUCACGUUUGCCUUCCUGUGCCGCCCAUUCCUGCCACACAGAAAAGACCUACAGAGAAUAUAGGUUGCAGUGAAUGGUUAUUUAGGAAUAGGACCUUGGUCCCAAACUCUUAGAAAGAUCGAACACAUCAGACAUCUUCCUGAGUGACGUUAUGGAGUUUCAUAGGUAGGGGAGGGGAGCGUGGGGCUCAGUUUCACAUUUCCGAUCUGUGCUUUUGGAAGUCCAAUUAUAAGUCUUAAGUCGUUCCGUUCUGAGUUUGCAGACCCUGAAACUGGCCUUCUUCACAGGUGAUGGCUCCUGAGGUAGGGCUUGUAGAACUAUUGCUAGGAAAUUUUAGACGUUCCCAGCAGAUAGAGGGAGAUGGUCUCUCUGGUUUUUUCCCUCAAGUCCCAAGUUUGAUCCAGGUGUGUGAGUUGACUUUUGAAGUCAACACCUGAGAUACUGCUUGCCAUCUCCAAGGAAGGAAGCUUCUCAGAGAGGCUGAAGAAGCCCCCCUGCCCCCCGGAAGUUGAAGGAUGCUUGUCUGUACCAUUGCAAACCUUUUUCCCUUGUCUCGGCCAUACUCUGGUAGGCAGUCAAGGGCCAGAGGGACCGGAACCCAAGUGGAGCCCAGACCACCAUGCUGUGGAGCGGCCCCAUUAGUGGGCAGCCUGUUCACACCCCCUGCCGGGGGGCCUCGAAUAGCCAGGAACACGCGUGCUUCUCAAAGUUGGAGCCUCAAAGGGCAGGAUCCUCACCUGCACAUGUCAGACUCAUCCCAGCAGAGAGAAGUGGUGCACACGCGGGUUAUCUUAGUUAUGGGGGAAGACAAACACCCGAGCUACUUUAUAGGAAACUCCUGAGUUCAUAAACUGUAAGCAUAAGGAUUCUGUUGACCAUUUCCUUGGUUUACCAAUCUGGAAAGAAUUUAGGAAGCACCACUGACCCCUUCCCCUCUUUUUGGACCUCAGUGGGACCUAAGUCUCUGACAGCUGAUUUAAUUCGAGGCUGGAGGCCCCACGGCAUGCCAUCAGUGCUGUUCAAACAUUUCUCCUUGAAGUAAAAAUUACAACCCCCCCCCGCCCACCCUCUGACACCACCACCCAUUUCUGUCACAGUAAGCACAUAUGUUUUAUGAUGAUUUUUAUUCGAUCUUUUGGUGAUCGUUGUGUGUGCGUGAGGACAAUGGGAUCUGUUUGUGGUUUCUCCUUUUUCCCUCCUUCCUCUAAGAAAAUGACCAGAUGGAGCUUCUCCAUCUCCAGUAAUUUCUGAUGCCUGACAGUGUUGGUUCUUGUUUGGCGGCUGUGCGGGCACAGGUGCGCAUUGCCCGCGAUGCUGGGAGAGGCUGGUUGCACUGACUGGGGCUGCUUGGGGCGGCGGACUCCGUCAUGGAGCCAUGGAGGGCAUCCCCGGGAGCAUCCUGACAUCGGAGCAAACAACCUGUUUGCAGCUGCUGGGAGCUGGGAGACCAAGAGCUGGGGUGUCUCCCACUGUUGCGGUUAUUCUAUCCAGGUCUCAGGCCAGCUUCCCUUAAUAAGUGAAGCCCUUUCAUGUCGCAGUAAUCUUGAAUACCAGUGUCUGCUUACCCUUCCCUUAGUGUGUUCUCUGCUGAAAGUUUAGGUUACACUGACAACUUUUGAAUGUAUUUUGAGUUUUGUGCUCAUUGGAAAUUGACAUGAUAAUGCCUCUUCUUUCUCCGGGCUUUUGCUUUUAUACUUUGUUUUGUUUUUACUGGGGUGGGGAUGGGAACGCCCUCAUGCCUUUAUGGGGCAGCAUUUUAAACCUUUGCCAAAAUUUGCUGAUGGGACCUACAUGUGCUUCCACUCCAUCCUAUUGAAGGCAAACACCUGUCAGCUGUUUAAUCUGUGUGUAAGUGUGUGUGUAUGUGAGUGUGUCACCUCCAAUUUUUUGAUGAGAUACUUGGUUUGCAUUUAAAUCCCGUUAAUCCCAGCUUUGUUUUCAUUAAAAAGCAUACAAGGAGCUUUGUAAAUACAACCGCUUUUAUCUCCUCCCUUCCUUUAAUGUAAAGCCUUUUGUCAUGUAUACUUAUGGGGAAAUAUUUCCACUAAUGAUGUUCAUUUCGUCUUGGAAAAGUAUAUGUUUUUGAAUGGAACGGAGAGGCACACCAUGGCGUGAGCAGCGCCCUGAAGACCUUGAGCUCUGCGGCACCUGCUCACGCCCCAGCAGCUUUACCUGCGGAUCUGUCCUGGUCACCCCGUGGUCAGAGGUGCCGUCCGUUCACAUAGCUGGGCAACGUCAGUGAAUCCCGUGUUUGUGGGGGGGGGGCAGGUGGGGGAUGCACAAAAAAGUUGUGGCUAAUCUCUGAUUUUGUUGCAAUGGGGCUAACUAUAAACUCUCCUAGGAGUCCAUGUAGGUCUGUACGGGUGAUCGCCUUGCAGAUACUCACCAGGACAGCGUUUUGUCAUUAGAGGGAAGCCUGGUACAGGAUGCUUUAAUUUAGUGGGGACUCCCAGAUGAUUUAAAUUCUCGAUCCUGUGAUGAUACACAUGUGAUCCUGCGUGUUUCUGAGCGGUUCUCCUUUCAUGGUCUGCCAGCCUGGCCCGUCGCUGUUGCCCAAUAAAGCUUGUGUACUUUA